GGAAGAGCACAUGACCCCUAUGUUGACAUCAGUGGCACUACCCAACCCACUACUGGUCCAGGAUAUCCUGAAUCUACAGUUUCCUCUGAAAUAUUAGCUACCACCACAUCCAUGGACCUGUCUGUAUACACCACUGAAACAUCCUUUACAAAGUCACAACAGGGAGAGUCAAACCCCGCUUCAACAACAUUAGGAGCUCCCUCACCUGGGGAUGAAAUCAUGACGGAAACCUCACAUGUCCUGGCAACCACUUUUACACAAGCACCUUCCACCAAAGAACCCCCUGGAAGCACGUCUCAGAUCGACCUUGCGACGAAAAUGCCCGCACAAUUUGAAAUAGCAAAUGUAAAGGCCAUAGAAACUACAAACAAAUUGGAAGAAACUUCAUAUGAGACAAAAACAACAGAGAGAACAACUGCAACUGCAGAAUCAUCGGAAAAGUCAGAGGUUAAAACAUCUGAAAUGUGGACAGGUGCAUUUGAACCGGACCGUGUUGACGCUCCUGUAAGAUCCUCAACUUCAAAAGACACGAGAACUACACCCACAACCUCUUCUUUGAUAACUACACCCACAACCUCUUCUUUGAUAACUACACCCACAACCUCUUCUUUGAUAACAACACCUAAAAUGAAAUUGGCAAUCAAAUCAGAAAUUGCACCAGCAUCUGUAUAUGCUUCAAACUCAUCUGGCAUGUUAAGAACAACGACAUUACAAACCAUAGCAACAACUAGGACAUUAGGGCGGGAAACGUUUGAGCUGUUAGCCACCUCUCCUGGAAAACCAUCUGAAAGAACAUUAGAGACGUCAACUAUAAUGCCAAUGUCCACAUCUGCUUCUUCGGCGCCAGGCAGCGUUUCUGAGACAUUGUCUGCAAUUACAUCACCAAGGAUAACUUUUGCCACUGUUGCAUUCCUACCUAUUGUAUCAGUUCCUACACCUGAUAGCCCAUUGGAAACUAAAGCUACAGCUACGACAGAACGUACAGGUGAAAGCAAUCCUAAAACCACAGCUGCGACUCCGUAUGAAACAACUGAUACAGACACACCUGAAACAUCAUCCACAACCCCAUCAACUAAACCUAAAACAUCAUCCACUUAUACAACAUUCCCAUCAACUGCACCUGAGACAUCUGUGAAAGUCACUAAAGAACCCUUUACAACAGAUGUAACCAUGGCCAUGAGCUCAUCAGAAAAACUGUCAACAGUCUACUUUCAAGCAUAUCAAACCACAACUACAACUGAUACAUCAACUAUAACUUCUACAACAAGUGACUCUUCAACUAUUCCUGUAUCUGCAACAUUGUUGACAGUUACAGCAGAAAGGAUAACUACAUUCCCCCCAUCAACCGAACCUAAAACAGCAUCCACAGCCACAUACACAACAAUCCCACACACCGAAACUGAAACAUUAACCACAACUACAACAUCCAUAUCAACCAAACCUGAAACAUCAUCAACAGCCACAUACACACCAUCCCCAUCAACUGAACCCAAAACAUCAUACAGAACUACAACAUUCCCAUCGACCGAAACGGAAUCAUCAUCCACAACUACAUCACCCCCAUCAACCGUACCUCAAACAUCAUCCACAACUACAACAUCCCUAUCAACUGAAACAGAAACAUCAUACAUAUCCACAACAACCUUAUCAACUGAAACUGAAACAUCAUCCACAACUACAACAUCCAUAUCAGCCAAACCUGAAACAUCAUCCACAGCCACAUACACAACAUCCCCAUCAACCAAACCUGAAACAUCAUCCACAACUACAACAUUCCCAUCGCCCGAAACUACAACAUUCCCAUCAACUGAAACUGAAACAUCAUCCACAACUACAACAUCCAUAUCAACCAAACCUGAAACAUCAUCCACAGCUGCAUACACAACAUCCCCAUCAAUCAAACCUGAAACAUCAUCCACAACUACAACAUUCCCAUCAGCCGUAACUGCAACAUCCACAUCAACCAAACCUGAAACAUCAUCCACAGCUACAUACACAACAUCCCCAUCAAUCGAACCUGAAACAUCAUCCACAACUACAACAUCCCCAUCGACCGAAACUGAAACAUCAUCCACACCUACAACAUUCCCAUCAGCCGUAACUGCAACAUCCACAUCAACCAAACCUGAAACAUCAUCCACAGCUACAUACACAACAUCCCCAUCAAUCGAACCUGAAACAUCAUCCACAACUACAACAUCCCCAUCGACCGAAACUGAAACAUCAUCCACACCUACAACAUUCCCAUCAACCGUAACUGCAACAUCCACAUCAACCAAACCUGAAACAUCAUCCACAGCUACAUACACAACACCCCCAUCAACCAAACCUGAAACAUCAUCCACAACUACAACAUUCCCAUUCACCGAAACUAAAACAUCAUCCACUAUUGCAACAUCCAUAUCAAACAAACAUGAAACAUCACCCACCGCCACAUACACAACAUUCCCAUCAACCGAAAUUGAAACAUCAUUCACAACACCCCCAUCAACCAAACCUGAAAUAUCGUACACAACCACAUACAUGACAUCCCUAUCAACCGAAACUGAAACAUACAUAUCCACAACAACCUUAUCAACUGAACCUGAUACAUCAUCCACAACUACAAUAUUCCCAUCAACUGAAACUGAAACAUCAUCCACAACUACAACAUCCAUAUCAACCAAACCUGGAACAUCAUCCACAGCCACAUACACAACAUCCCCAUCCACCAAACCUGAAACAUCAUCCACAACUACAACAUUCCCAUCGACCGAAACAGAAACCUCAUCCACAACUACAACAUUCCCAUCAACCAAACCAGAAACAUCAUACACAGCCACAUACAUUACUGACCCAUCAACUGAAACUGAAACAUCUUCCACAUCCACAACAUCCCUAUCAACUGAAACUGAAACAUCAUACAUAUCCACAACAACCUUAUCAACGGAAGCUGAAACAUCAUCCACAACUACAACAUCCAUAUCAGCCAAACCUGAAACAUCAUCCACAGCCACAUACACAACAUCCCCAUCAACCAAACUUGAAACAUCAUCCACAACUACAACAUUCCCAUCGCCCGAAACUACAACAUUCCCAUCAACUGAAACUGAAACAUCAUCCACAGCUACAUACACAACAUCCCCAUCAAUCGAACCUGAAACAUCAUCCACAACUACAACAUUCCCAUCAGCCGUAACUGCAACAUCCACAUCAACCAAACCUGAAACAUCAUCCACAGCUACAUACACAACAUCCCCAUCAAUCAAACCUGAAACAUCAUCCACAACUACAACAUCCCCAUUGACCGAAACUGAAACAUCAUCCACACCUACAACAUUCCCAUCAACCGUAACUGCAACAUCCACAUCAACCAAACCUGAAACAUCAUCCACAGCCACAUACACAACACCCCUAUCAACUGUACCUGAAACAUCAUCCACAACUACAACAUUCCCAUCAACCGAAACUAAAACAUCAUCCACUAUUGCAACAUCCAUAUCAAACAAACAUGAAACAUCACCCACCGCCACAUACACAACAUUCCCAUCAACCGAAAUUGAAACAUCAUUCACAACACCCCCAUCAACCGAACCUGAAAUAUCGUACACAACCACAUACAUGACAUCCCUAUCAACCGAAAUUGAAACAUCAUACAUAUCCACAACAACCUUAUCAACUGAACCUGAUACAUCAUCCACAACUACAACAUUCCCAUCAUCUGAAACUGAAACAUCAUCCACAACUACAACAUCCAUAUCAACCAAACCUGGAACAUCAUCCACAGCCACAUACACAACAUCCCCAUCCACCAAACCUGAAACAUCAUCCACAACUACAACAUUCCCAUCGACCGAAACAGAAACAUCCUCCAAAACUACAACAUUCCCAUCAACUAAAACUGAAACAUCCUCCAUAGCCAGAAACACAUCAUCUCCACCAACUGAACCAGAAACCUCAUCCACAACUACAACAUUCCCAUCAACCAAACCAGAAACAUCAUACACAGCCACAUACAUUACUGACCCAUCAACUGAAACUGAAACAUCUUCCACAUCCACAACAUCCCUAUCAACUGAAACUGAAACAUCAUACAUAUCCACAACAACCUUAUCAACGGAAGCUGAAACAUCAUCCACAACUACAACAUCCAUGUCAGCUAAACCUGAAACAUCAUCCACAGCCACAUACACAACAUCCCCAUCAACCGAAACAGAAACAUCCUCCAAAACUACAACAUUCCCAUCAACUGAAACAUCAUCCACAACUACAACAUCCAUAUCAACCAAACCUGAAACAUCAUCCACAGCCACAUACACAACAUCCCCAUCAACCGAAACAGAAACAUCCUCCAAAACUACAACAUUCCCAUCAACUGAAACAUCAUCCACAACUACAACAUCCAUAUCAACCAAACUUGAAACAUCAUCCACAGCCACAUACACAUCCCCAUCAACCGAAAAUGAAACCUCAUCCACAACAUCCAAAUCAACCCAAACUGAAACAUCAUCCACAGAUACAAUAUCCACAUCAACUAAACCUGAAACAACAUCCACAACUACAACAUUCCCAACGACCAUAACUACAACAUCAUCCACGACUACAUCCCCAUUAACCGAACCUGAAACAUCAUCCACAGUCAGGAACACAUCAUCUCCACCAACCAAACCAGAAACAUCAUACAUAACCACACACAUUACUUACCCAUCAACUGAAACCUCCUCCACAUCCACAACCACCCCAUCAACUGAAACUGAAACAUCAUCCACAUCCACAACAUCCCCAUCAUCGGAAAUUGACACAUCAUCCACAUCCAUAACAUACCCAUCAACUGAAAUUGAAACAUCAUCCACAUCCACAACAACCCCAUCAACUGAAACAUCAUCCACAUCCACAACAUUCCCAUCAGCUGAAACAUCAUCCACAGAUACAACAUCCAUAUCAAUCAAACCUGAAACAUCCUCCACAGCCACAUACACAACAUUCCCAUCAACCGAAACUGAAACAUCAUCCAAAACCACAACAUUCCCAUCAACCAUAACUGCAACAUCAUCCACAACUACAACAUCCCCAUUAACCAAACCUGAAACAUCAUCCACAUCCACAACAACCCCAUCAACCGAACCUGAAUCAUCAUACACAACCACAUACAUGAUAUCCCCAUCAAUCGAAACGGAAACAUCAUCCACAACAACCCUAUCAACUGAAACUGAAACAUCAUCCAUAACUACAACAUCUGCAAUAUCAAAACGUGAAACAUCAGUGAAUGUCAUAUCUGAAACAUUUACAAUAGAUGGAACCACAACCACUAUCUCAGUAGAAAAACGUUCAACAGCCUCCCUUCAAACAUUUAAAACCACAACUGAGACAUCAAUAACUACACUUGAAACUCCAGUUUCUACACCAAGUGACUCUUCAGCUAACACUGUACCUGCAACACUGUCUACAGUUACAUCAGGAAGGAUAACUACGGCCCCACCAACUGAAUCACCAUUAGACACAUCCAAAGCUACAUUUGAGACAUCAAUAUCAACCAUUCCAGUAACUACAGAGAUAACCCCCACCGGAAUAUCAGCUACAACAGAAAGUCGAACAGCAACAACCUCACCUGGAAAUGUAUUGACAACUACAAUCACAUCCUCAAUAUCUGCUUCAACUACUGAGGGAAAAACAGAAAACCCAUCUUCCAUCACUCCGGAACCUCCAGCUACAAACACACGUGUUACAUCAGCAUUUACAGCCUCUUCAGAGAGGAUGAGUAUAUCAACAUCGAGUACCCUCCCAGAAAUCACAACUCAGAAUUUGACAUCUACUUUAACAUCUACCUUUUCUGCAGCAACUACUUCAAAUCACAGCAUAACUCGGAUGACAACAACAACAAAAACGACAAAUGCCACUGCAGGUUCAGUCAUAACUAAAACUGGCAGUGUGACAGACAAAGUUGACUCAAUCGAACCUAAAUCUUCAACGACCACACCUGUGCCAAUCCCACCUCCAACCUCAUCAACUAAUGAUAUCUUUAUGACCAUUACUUUGGUUAUCCUAUUAUUGAUGUUGGUUGCUAUAACUUUAGUUAUUUUUAUCUUUGAUCAAAAUCCUUGCAGAGAGACCUAUAAUUUAUAACAUCUUUGACACAAAAUGUAUUUUUGACUGAAAGGACCUCACGUAGUAGACAAUUGCAACCUCAAGAAAGGGAGAGUAAGAAAUCUAUCCCGUGUUGAUGUCACCUGAAAGGAUUUAGUGCCUUUGAACGGGGUAUGGUAGUAGGUGCCAGGCACAUCGGUUUGAGUGUGUCAAGAACUGCAACGCUGCUUGUUUUUUUCACACUCAACAGUUUCCCGUGUGAAUCAAGAAUGGUCCACCACCCAAAGGACAACCAACUUGACAACUGUGAGAAAGAAUUGGAGUCCACAUGGGCCAGCAUCCCUGUGGAAUUCUUUUCGACACCUUGCCCUGAUGAAUUGAGGCUACUCCGAGGGCAAAAGGGAGUGCAACUCAAUAUUAGGAAGGCGUUCCUAAUGUUUUGUACACUGUGUAUACACUCUUAGAAAGAAGGGUUCCAAAAGGAUUCUUCGGUUGUCCCCAUAGGAAAACCCUUUUUGGUUCCAGAUAUAACCCUUUUGUGUUCAAUGUAGAACCUUCUGCACCAAAAAGGGUUCUUCAAAGAGUUCUCCUAUGGGGACAGGCGAAGAACCCUUAUAGGUUCUAGAUAGCUUCCAACUUACCGUAACUUUGUUGUUAAAGUAUUAUAAAAACAUGGGAUGCCAAACCCGCUCACAUGAUUCGUUAACUCUUGAGGUUCCUCGGGUCUCCACUGAAUUAGGUAAAUCUGCUUUUAGUUUUAAUGCACCUCAUUGUUGUAACCAACUGCAAAAAUCACUGCAAUUGGAUGCUCUGAUGUUUUUUAAUUUUUAAUUUCGCCUUUAUUUAACCAGGUAGGCCAGUUGAGAACACCUUUAUUUAACCAGGUAGGCCAGUUGAGAACACCUUUAUUUAACCAGGUCGGCCAGUUGAGAACACCUUUAUUUAACCAGGUAGGCCAGUUGAGAACACCUUUAUUUAACCAGGUAGGCCAGUUGAGAACACCUUUAUUUAACCAGGUAGGCCAGUU